AUGAACCAAAAUCUUGAAAAAAGAAAAAUUUUAUACAAAUCUAAAGGAUUUCAUAAACCUGAAGAUUUAUUAAGAAAUCGUCAAAAUCAACAAAUUGAAAUUUGUCGUCAAAAUCGGGAAAAUGCUAUAUCAGCUAAUCGUCUUCAUUUUAAGACUUUAGCUUUGACAUUGAAUAAUGAAACAGUAGAAAAAGAAGAUAAUGAAAUUUCUUUUGAAUCCCAAUUUUCAUUUGAAGAAUUUGAAGAAUUUGAAGAGAUGUCUAAAAAUUUAUUUUCCGAUUCUAUGAAAAAUCAAUGGGAAGCUCUUACUAAAUUUAGAAAUUUUCUUUACAUUGAAAAUUCAUCCAUUUUUGAAAUGACUAAAGUAUUUGAUUUGAGAAUUGUGCUAAGAUUUGUUGAACUUUUAGGAUCUGGACAUGAAUAUAUUCAAUGGGAAGCUACAAUUAAAAAUAAUUUAUAUAAUCAUCUUAUUUUAAAUUCGGGAGCUCUUAAUCCUUUAUUAACCAUUUUGAAUAACUUACAAGAAAAUGAUUCUUUAUAUUGUAUAGUGUCUUGUGCUCUCACAACUUUUUGUUCCGUUCAAAUUAAAUCAGAAGUUGAUUGGUAUUUUAUUACACCAGCCCUUCCUACUUUAGCACAAUUUUUAAAUUGUAAAGAUGAAAUGAUUAUUGAAAAAGCUUGUUGGACAUUUGGAUCAAUUGCUGAAGGAGGAAUUCAACAAAUUCAAAUAAUAAUAGAAUUAGGAAUUUGUUCAACUUUAAUAAAAUUAAUGAAUCAUCCUUCUUGUUAUAUUAAACUUGCCGCAUUAAGAUGUGUCACCAAUAUGGUAACAGGUGAUGAUUUUCAAAUUCAAAUGAUUAUUAAUUGUGGAGUACUUCAAAUAUUAAAGGAAUUACUUUCAUCAUCAAAAGAAAAAGAUUCACGAAUUCGAAGAGAAGCAUGUUUAUUACUUUCAAAUAUUACCGCAGGUACAGUUGAACAAGUUGAAAUAGUUUAUCAAAUUGGAUUAUUUCCUAUUUUAAUUGAACUUAUGAUGGUAGCUGAUUAUUAUAUACGAAGAGAAGCUUGUUGUUCAGUAUCAAAUGCUAUUAUUCAAGGACGAAAUAAUUUUGAAUUAAUUUUAAAUAUAGUUCGAUUAGAAUGUAUUUCUCCUUUAGGAGAAAUCUUAUUAAAUGAUAAUGAUAAUGAUCUCAUAUAUAUGAUAUUAACCGCAAUUCAAAUAAUACUUCAUCUUAAUAUAACUUCGGAAGAUGGAACAAAAUUAGAAUCAGAUCAAUAA